UUAAUGUCAAAAAGUGAUAGCAAACAGAUCUUGGCUGUUCAUCCAGUAGCCUUACAAGUAGCAGUAUCUUUCUUCCUGGGGAUAUUAUGUGACUUGACCUCUCCCAAAGUUGUCUUACUAGGACCUCAGGUCAUGUGUGCACUGUUAGGGAUGCUGGUUCACUUCAGUCCCAGUACAAAUCCUGCACAACUUGUGUUAUAUCUACCAUUUCUUAACUCAAGCUUAUUAGGAUCUCAGUUUCUUGCAAUCCAUCUGGGUGGAGGAUACAGUCAAGCAGCAGUAUUGUCAAGAGUCAGUCUUAGUUAUGGUUUGGCUGCCAUUGUGUGUCCAUCUGUUAUAAAUAUGACCAGCAGUCUUCUGGGGAGUUCCAUAAGCUAUCAGCUAGUUACCCUAGUGAGUCUCCUGAGUAUGCUGGCAGUACUUAAGCUCUUUACCAGUAACUCUAAAGAGAUUACCAGACUCCUUAUUCCGACUUCAUAUAAUCAAUUGUGGGCCAUCUUUGUGAAGUGUAUUGUGAUGAAGUUUGCCAUAACCAUCCCAGCAUCGCUACUCCUUCCAUGGCUUCAGAAUUUGCUGAGGGAUGGUAGUGUUGAAGGCAGUGGUUUGGCAGUGGUGGUAACUGUUGGACUACUGUGUACACAAGCUGUGAUGGUACCUUUGCUUCAGUUGUGUACCGUGUCUUCCACUGCCAUCUGUGCCAUGGCCUCCUUCCUCACAUUUCUGUAUCCACUGAUGAUGUUACUAGAAGAUUGUGGAUCAUUUUUACUUGUGGUGGUAGUUCCUGUGUGUGGCCUGGUAGCUGUCACUCAGAGUUUAGUGCUGGCUCACCUUGUCUCCACCUUCCACACCUGCUCAGGGAUUUUGUUGGCCAUCAAUCUCACCAUCCAUAUACUCAGCAGACAUUUUGCUCCACAGUUUGUUGUACAUUUUACUACAUUGUGUACUGAUGACAGAACACAUCUAAUAUCUAUUAGUUGCCCUCAGUGGCUCUGUCAUUUCGUGAAAGACAAUUUCAUAGCUGAAUCCUCCUUACUUUUGCCAACUUCUAUUGACUUUUUUUCAUGUCAUAAUAUACAUUUAAACAUCUUGGUUGUGAUGGGCUGUGUUUGUUCUCUCUUGCUGUUAAUUGUGGCACGAGAUGUAUAGUGUGCUUGUGUGUAUUUUCUAAGGUGUUUAAUAUAAUGGGUUUCUUAGUGAAGAAAAUGACCUUAUUUAUAUAUGUAAAAUAUAUUGUGCAUCUGAGA